GGGGGGCGGCGCCGGGCCGCGCUCACGCUGUCUGUGUCUCCCCCUGCCCCGUUAGAGCUGGCGAACUACGAGCGCAACGUGAACCGCGCUAUCCACAAGUACAACGCGUACAGGAAAGCGGCCUCCGUGAUUUCCCGGUAUCCCAGCAAGAUCCAGAGCGGCGCCGAGGCCAAGAAGCUGGAUGGAGUAGGGGCUAAGAUAGCGGAGAAAAUAGAUGAGUUUUUAUCCACCGGGAAGCUGCGCAAGUUGGAAAAGAUUCGUCAAGAUGAUACCAGUGCAUCUAUCAACUUCCUGACCCGAGUUACUGGCAUUGGUCCUGCUGCUGCGAGGAAGUUUGUAGAGGAAGGAAUUAAGACUCUAGAAGAUCUAAGAAAAAAUGAACACAAGCUGACCCAUCACCAGCGAAUUGGGUUGAAAUAUUUUGAAGAUUUUGAGAAAAGAAUUCCAAGGAAAGAAAUGCUGCAAAUGCAAGAAAUUGUGCUGAAAGAAGUGAAUAAGCUGGACCCGGACUACAUUGCUACAGUCUGUGGCAGUUUUAGACGAGGUGCAGAGUCAAGCGGGGACAUGGAUAUUCUCCUAACCCAUCCAAGUUUCACAUCUGAAUCAUCCAAACAGUCAAAACUCUUGCAUCAAGUUGUAGAACAACUGGAAAAAGUUGGCUUUGUCACAGAUAUGCUGUCCAAAGGUGACACCAAAUUCAUGGGUGUCUGUCAGCUGCCAAAUAAAGAA